UCCUCCUCGCCAUCAACCCUCCCCUCCUCGCCCUACCCCUACGCCUCCGCCCCAGACAUCAUCCGCGCCCACCAAAAAGACGCCUACUACAAAGGCCACCUCUCAAACACCCUCACCUCCCUCCACCGCCUCCUCCUCGGCGCCCGCUCCGCACACUCGGCCACCGCCCUCCACAGGCUCUUCGCAGACACCUUAUACCUCGGCCUCACCACCCUCCCCGGGAACCGCACCCUCGGCGAGGAAUACUGCGACCUCGUCCAACUCCACGUCGGCACCGACGACGACCCCUCGGGCGCCCUCCCGACCCUAGCCCGUCGCGCAUCCUACAUCGCGACAUCCGUCCUCCUCCCCUACAUCGCAGGCCGCGCCCUCCCCGCCCUCCGCGCCCGCCUCCGAACUCUUCUCGAACCGUCCUCCUCUUCGAAAUCCUCCUCAAAACCAGCAUCCACAAAAGAAGCGAUAAAAGCCUACCUCUCCACAAACCUCCCCUCCCUAACCUCCGCGGCGCCCCUCCACGCCGCAACCCUCGCAAUCUUCUACUUCACAGGAACCUACUACGAGCUCGCCAAACGCGUCCUCGGCCUCCGCUACGUCUUCACCCGCCGCGUCCCCGACUCCCCCGACCGCGCAGGCUACGAAGUCCUAGGCGUCCUCCUCGUCGCCCAGCUCGCCGUGCAAUCUUACCUGCACAUCCGCUCCACAAUCUCCGAUCUUUCCUCCCAAGCAGCAGCGGCACGCACGCGCGACGAAAAGACAAUGGCGUACAUCUCGGGCGCCGCGCAGAGGAAAUGUACACUCUGCCUGGAAGAACUCAAGGACCCGUCCGCGACGCAGUGCGGUCAUGUGUUUUGCUGGACGUGUAUCGGGGACUGGGUGCGCGAGAAGCCCGAGUGUCCGCUGUGUAGACGGGAGGCUAUGGUGCAGCAUAUACUACCCUUG